CCCGGCUCGGCGGCGCUCGGCCGUCUCCGCCGUCGCUCGGCGCUCGGCGCUCGGGUCCGCGGCCGCUGCGGCGCCGGGCAUUUCUCCGCAGCUCGGUCGCGGCCGCGCCCGCCGCCGCCCGGCCCCGCGCCCAUGCAGGCCAUCAAGUGCGUGGUGGUCGGCGACGGCGCCGUGGGGAAGACGUGCCUGCUGAUCAGCUACACGACCAACGCCUUCCCGGGGGAGUACAUCCCCACCGUUUUCGAUAACUACUCAGCCAACGUGAUGGUGGACGGGAAGCCCGUGAACCUGGGGCUGUGGGACACCGCUGGGCAGGAAGACUACGACCGGCUGCGGCCACUCUCCUAUCCUCAAACUGACGUUUUUCUGAUCUGCUUCUCCCUUGUGAGCCCAGCCUCCUUUGAGAACGUCCGUGCCAAGUGGUACCCAGAGGUGCGGCAUCACUGCCCACACACGCCCAUCCUCCUGGUGGGCACCAAGCUGGACCUUCGAGAUGACAAAGACACCAUUGAGCGGCUUCGGGACAAGAAGCUGGCUCCCAUCACCUACCCACAGGGCCUGGCCAUGGCUCGGGAGAUCGGGUCUGUCAAGUACUUGGAGUGUUCAGCCCUGACACAGAGAGGUCUGAAGACGGUGUUCGACGAGGCCAUCCGGGCGGUGCUCUGCCCGCCUCCAGUGAAGAAGCCUGGCAAGAAGUGCACGGUCUUCUAGAGCCCGCCCGCGGGGCGGCCCCGGCCCCUGUGUGCCCUUGUGUUGCUGUCUGGUGUCCCUGAGUCUGCUGUGGGGAGUGGUGUGGGCGGGGAGGGGAAGCAUGGGGACGAGGCUGGGUGAGGGCUCCGCCUCCUCCGCCUCCUUUCUGGGUGCUCCUCCAGCCUUCCCCCAUGGGAGCCAGGAGGGAGCGGGGUCUCCCUCAGGGCUGCAGGGGUAGGCACAGGGAAGCCCCAGGAUGGGCUUCCCUGG